AUGCACACUGUGCUCCUGCUCUUGAGCGCCGCGGCGACGAUAAAUGCCUGGACGGCGCCCACCAAAGCAGUGCAUAAGCUCCGCGUCCCGCCACGAAGAGAUGAGGAUCGAUGCUUCUACGGCGAAGUCGGCGUCGACGGCUCCGUCGUCGCGGACGUCGCGCAGCCGCGCGCAGACACUCUCCCACCGAAGCCGCCGAGCCCGGAACUCUCGCCGCUCGUAUGGACCCGGCGUCACGCCACCAGCACGCCAUCGUGGUGCGAGUCAGACGAAUCACCGGUUUCUAAUUACACAGGACGUCGUCGGCGAGCAGUUCCGAGCGUUGGAACGAGAAGACGUGAGCCACGCCUACAAGUUCGUGCACGAAUCUAUAAAAGAGCAGUACUCGCUGGACGUCGACCGCUACGAGCAAAUCUUCAAGGGUGCCGCCUAUGACGGCUUAUUGGGGUGCGCGUCGUGGAAGGUCACCGCACUGUCACCCUCCCCGAUCGACGACGACCGGACCGUCGCUUCGAUGACCGUGCUCCCGAAGCCGGUCCCGGGGUGCGUCAGGGUGGCUGGAGUUGCCGGCCAGCAAGGCAUAACGUGGCCCACGUUCUACAAGUGGGAACUGCGGAAACAAAAAGACGGCUGCUGGAUGAUCGAGAACAUGACUCCCGAGCCGCCGCCCAUCGACACGGUGGCUACCGACGCGACGCCACUGCUCGAGUCCGAGUCUGCCACGGCGGCGCCAUAA